AUGACUCUUGUGCAAUCGCCCGUGGCCCAUCCCUUGUCGAAUAUCGGACCUUCCUCAGAAUCGAUUAAGGGUCCUUCAGACUUGAAUGGACCAACCACUGUAACGGUGGAGAGUGAUGUCAACGGAUUAUCAGACAAGAUUGAGAAUCUCCGAUUUGAACUAGAGGAACACCCGGUUGAUGUGGUGCGACCCAUCAAGGUUGGUAUUAUCGGCGCGGGUCUUGCAGGGAUUACCGCGGGCGUGUUGCUCCCUGCGAAACUGCCGGGACUUGAUCUUCGAAUCUAUGAUAAGAACGCCGAUGUGGGAGGCACAUGGUUCGAGAAUACAUAUCCCGGCGUUCGAUGCGAUAUUCCUGCACAUGUAUACCAAUCCAGUAUCUCACCCAAUACCCAAUGGACGGAAGAAUUUGCCCAGGGAGAUGAGAUUAGACAAUAUUGGCAGGGAGUUGCACGGAAGCACAAUGUGUACCAGUACCUUCGCGCCGGACAAAGAGUGCAAAAGGCCGAAUGGCAGCCCGAGAAGGGGAAAUGGAAUGUCACCGUUGAACAUGUGGAUGGCUCGAAGAUCUAUGAAGAAGAGCUGGACGUGGUAAUCAACGCCAUCGGUCAUUUCAAUGCCUGGAAGCUACCCGACUAUGAAGGAAUCAACGAUUACAAGGGAAAUCUGUUCCAUUCGUCUAACUGGGAUCCAAGCAUCGAUCUGAAAGGCAAGCGAAUUGCUCUCAUCGGAAAUGGCGCUUCCGGCUUGCAGGUCCUACCGUCCAUUCAACCAUUUGCUAGCCACGUUGAUCAUUACGCUCGGAAUCCAACUUGGAUCGCAGAUUCAUUCAGCAGCGGAAGCGUGGGAGUCCGUCGACUGGAGGCAAACUUGUUCUCCGAGUCACAGCUAGAGACAUGGAAAGAUCCCAAAGCGUAUCUGGAAUACCGAAGGGAGGUCGAAAAGGGAUAUUUCCAGCGCUUCGGGGCAAUCUUCAAAGACACACCCGAAAACAACGAACUGCGUGAGAAAUGGACGGCCCUAAUGCUGCAACCGUGCCGUCGCCCAACGCCAGGACCAGGAUAUCUAGAGGCCCUAGCCAAGGAAAAUGUCGACUACAUCCAAACACGCAUCAAGCGAUUCACCGAGAAAGGCAUUGUGACCGAGGAUGGGGUGGAGCGAGAAGUGGACAUCACGAUCUGCGCAACAGGAGCCAACGUCGAUCACGCACCCCCAUUCUCCAUCAUCGCCGACGGAGUCGACCUCAAGAAAGCCUGGAAACACGACGGCAAAUUCGGCUUCCCAUAUUCAUACCUUGGUUUUGCAACACCAGGGUUCCCAAACCUCCUCUGGCUCGGUGGACCAUACUCGUCAGGACACAGCGGGACAGUGCCGAACAACAUCGAGAACCAGGUGACAUAUAUCGCAAAAGUGCUGCGCAAGAUCCGCACGCAGGGAAUCAAGUCCAUCGUCCCGGCCAAGCAAGCGACCGAUGACUUUGUCGAGUACUGCGACCAGUUCUACCCGCGCACUGUCUGGUCGGCGAACUGUAGCUCGUGGUAUAACGGUGGCAAGCCGGGGUCUCGUAUUCAUGGCCUCUUCCCCGGUAGUGCAUCGCAUUCGAAUUAUAUUCGCCGGGAUCCGCGCUGGGAGGAUUGGGAAUAUACCUAUGUCAAUCAAAGUGGGAAUCGGUUUGCUUACUUUGGGAAUGGGUGGACUUCGAAAGAGCUGACUCCUAAUGCGGAACUGACGCCUCAUCUGAGAUUGCCAGAGGAGAUUGAUUUGAAGUCUCACAUGGAGGGAUGGUGGGAUGUUUGA